AGAGUCGAGCGCCAACGGUUUCCUUGUCAUGUCAUAUGAUCAGGGAACGGGUGACGUAAGAGGAAAGAGACGCCAUUAGAAAGUGAGUAGGUAUACGUGAGUUAAGUGACAGUCGUAGGGCGAGAGUGUAUUUGGUUGGUUGAUUUAUGACUGUCUGUGCAUGUACAGUAGGGAGUCGGGCUGUCAUUUACAACGUCUGAUGUGAGUACCUUGUUGACAAUAUUACUGUCUGAGUACAAACGGACCUGAGUAACGAUGGCGGCUGGCGGAACUGGAGGUGGUAACAAAACCUAUUCCUUUAAGGUAGUUCUUUUAGGAGAAGGUUGUGUGGGGAAAACCUCUUUGGUUCUGAGAUACUGUGAAAACAAAUUCAACGAUAAGCACAUUACUACACUGCAGGCAUCUUUCUUAACAAAGAAACUUAACAUUGGAGGAAAAAGAGUAAAUCUUGCAAUUUGGGAUACAGCAGGGCAGGAGAGAUUCCAUGCAUUGGGACCCAUUUAUUAUAGAGAUUCCAAUGGUGCCAUAUUAGUUUAUGACAUUACAGAUGAAGAUUCAUUUCAGAAGGUGAAAAACUGGGUUAAGGAAUUAAGAAAAAUGCUGGGAAAUGAAAUCUGUUUGUGUAUAGUAGGUAAUAAAAUUGAUCUAGAGAAAGACCGACAUGUAUCGGUGCAAGAAGCAGAAGCAUAUGCAGAGUCAGUGGGAGCAAAGCACUAUCAUACCACGGCCAAACAGAACAAGGGAAUUGAAGAAUUGUUUCUUGACCUGUGCAAACGAAUGAUAGAAACGGCACAAGCAGAUGAAAAAGCAAAAGGUAAUGGUUCCAGUCAGUCCGGAAGUGCAAGACGUGGUGUGCAGAUCGUUGAUGAUGAACCUCAAGUUCAGAGUAGUGGAUGCUGUUCUUCUGUUUAGUCGCACAGAACUGAAUAUUUUGCCCUAAUAAGAAAAACUGCCAUAUUCCAAGUCACACAUUCUUUUACCAAUGGAGUUGCAUAAUUAACAGUAUUUUAAAAUAAUCACAUUUAUAAUACAGAAGAGACCUUAAGUGCUAAACUAGUGGAGUCUGUGACCAGAGAAUUGGCAUUUUGUUUUCUACAGCUUAACAAAGCAGUUAGCAAUGGCCUUUUUCAGUAAUGGGAAGAGUAAUGCACAUGUUGAAAACACGUUCUUUGUCAAGGCAUCAAUUAUAUUCUUUUAAUUCCGAUCAUUAUUUAAUAAGUUAUGUAUGUUUGAAUGGUAUAUGUUUUGCAGCCCUUUGUAUUUUUGUGGUAGAUUGAAGCUGUAUCACUUCUAAAGUUGCAGGUGAGAUUUUUUUUUUAUUUGGCAAAUAACCUGAAGUACUAUUUUUGCAGGGUUUUGCACAAGUUCAUAACUAUUAAAAUUUGAUAUACUGUAUCUUCAGCUUGUACACCGUGCUGGUGAAAGACGCAUUGUAAAUUACAUAUUAAAUAUUUUAUCUGCUUUUACAAUCCUUUGAAAAUGGUGCAGAUGCGAAACUGUGUACAUAGUCUUAAUAGUUGUAAAAUGAAUCGCAUUUACCCUUGAACUUCAAGUUUUGGUUUUGUAAUUUAUGUAUUUCUAACACUUGAAAUAGUUAUGUAGAUCGUAUUUGAAGAUAGACAUUACCAAGUUUAUUAGGGUGGAUAGCACAGAUCCCUGUCCUGGUUAGAUACUGGGAAAAUGUAGUGCACCUUACCAGUCAGGUUAGUUCUGGUAUAUAGUAAUUUCCCAUGUCUUAAAAAAAUAUUAAGUCACUUGACUCAAAUGUUAGCAUUGCCCAGUAUGUGAAAGUUGGCACAGAUUGCUUUUUAUUCCUGUGUAAAUGCUAGAUAGUCUGAGCCCCCCCACACUUAUUCACUAGUCCUGUAGGUUUGAACAUGUUUUUUUUUGUUAUAUAGUUAGUCAUCAGAAAAGCACUUUGCAUCUCAUAAAAUGUAGGUACUUUGAUAAUGGAAUAGGAAAAUAUUAAAACCCUUGUUUUGAGUAGUUGAUAGUAUACUAAGACUGGAAGUGUUUAAUAAUUUUGCGAAUGUUGACUUGUGUAGACAUUUAGUUUAACUCUUAAUGUUAUAUAAUUGCAUCAGUGGAUGGUUUCUUCAUCUAAACUCUACCCUUUAUACACGUUUGUUUAGCUUAAGUGUCAUCGUCUGUUAAGAUUUACCUGCUCAGAUGUCUAAAUUGUUGUGGGUUGUAAUAUUUUUCAUAUUUGUAAUGCAGAGCCUAUAUUAGGCCUUAACAUUAUAAAGACAAAUUAGCAAGUAAUCCCUGAUUUAAUGACUUUGCUAACUCAAGUUUUUGUUUGCUGUUGUAAUUGCCCGAUUCACUCUGUCCACUUGCAAUUUUGUCACAUUUGAAUGCAGUGCUUCCACUAAAAUAUUUUAGCGCCUCUAACAUUCACUGAUAUAUAUUUUGUAGUUAAACAACUAGUUCUUAAAUUGCAUUUUUUUCUUGUAAAUAUUGCUUAUAACAUAUUGAUUUAUAGUUGUUUACCACUCUGUCUCACUGAUUAUUAAGUGUAUUUGCAUAACAUUUGAUCUUAAUAUUUGAAAGUACAUCAUUGCACUAACACCAUUAGGCAGACAUUAUGACCAGGUGGUACACAUGUAAACAGCACCUUAAGAGUUUUAUCACCUUUUAUUGUGUGUUGCUGGGUGGUGGAUUAAAACAGCAUUUUUUUUUUCCGGUCAAUUUUUACACCUUUUUUUUUAUUUAGCUAUAAGCAAAAUUGGCUAGGUGAAUAAAGUUUGUUGUCAUUUUAAAAGCAGUGGGUUGCAUACCUCUCAACCUCUAAGUGCAGUAAAGCUGGACAAAGCCAAAAAUAAGGGGAGGGCAAAGGCCCAGAAUGGGGAUAAAUUUAAAAUAUUGUUCCUAAAGCUUAGAAAGCUGCUAGAACAACAGGUUUUGCAUUAGUGUACAUUCUCUGAAGGAUAUGAAAUCAUGUUAUUCAAAUGUAUGUAGUUUAGUGACUUCAGUCCUCACCGAUUUUCUAGAAAACCAUAAAUUUUAUUAGGCGCAGACCAAAAACUUAAAAACCUGGACCUUCUGCAAAAGUCUGGACAGUUGAGAGGUAUGGUGGGGUUGACUGCUAACUUGCAGGUUUAACUGUGACAGCACAGUGACUACCUGUUCUUUUCACUUGUUGAAUUAAGCAGUAUGUUAACUAUCAGCAGAAUUGUGUGUUUCACUGUUAACUUCAGUACUGUAUUUUCUAAUUCGGUUUGACUUCAUCUUCAGUAUGUCUUUCAUUUGCAGAAAACAUAGGUAUGGGUGGAGACUGUACCAUUUCUUAUUUCAGAUUUUUACCAUAAUAGUCACUGAGGGUUUACUGGUGGCUGUACAUGUAUUUCAUGUAGCAGUCUAAUUCCUUAAUUUUAUGUUUUGAGUACUAAAUCCAUAUUAGGGUUAACAUUUGUAUUGCAUUUAGAUUUCACGUGGCUUUCUAACUUUGAAUUAAUUUGCAACAUCAGCCUUAAUGUUCCAGAGUGAUACUAGGAGUUCCAGUCAUUUUAACCAUUACUGUGGAUUUAUUUUGUUACAUCUGUUUUAUUUAAUACUCUGUAUUAGUCUGUGCUGCUGUUGGUUUCCUUUUUCUGUGUUCCAUGCAGAUUCCUGAAAAUAAGAUGAUUACAGUUUACAUUGGUUCAUUGUUUUUAGCCGUGGCUUUUAUAUAUUUUGUAAAUGGCAACUUUUUAAUACAGUUUUUUGCAGUUGAUCAUAA